GAGUUUCGUCCCAGUGUCAGAGGAGGAGCAGCCCACUUGUCUGUGCCUGUAUGUCUUCAAACACAGUCACACACUCCUCCUGUUCCUAGUAACGCCUGUUAAAGUCUCCGUAGGAAGAAGAGAAAGGAGUAAAAGUCAUGGACAAAAGAGGAGAAUUAAAAAGAAGUAAGCGCCUCCAGUAAAGUCACCUUUUGUAAAAAAAAAAAAAACGACUCCGAGAGAAGCAGAGGAAAGAGGAACAGGAUGGGGAUGGAUUUCAGCACUCUUCGGACCCUCAUCAGCAGAUAUUGUGUUGGUGAGGAGAACUGGGUGGACAGCAGGACGAUUUACAUUGGACACAAGGAGCCUCCUCCAGGAACGGAGGCCUUUAUACAACAAAGAUACCCCGACAACAGAAUAGUUUCCUCCAAGUACACGUUUUGGAACUUCGUCCCUAAGAAUAUGUUUGAGCAGUUCAGGAGAGUCGCCAACUUCUACUUUCUCAUCAUAUUUCUGGUUCAGUUGAUCAUCGACACUCCCACCAGUCCCAUCACCAGCGGGCUGCCGCUCUUCUUCGUCAUCACGGUCACCGCCAUCAAACAGGGUUACGAGGACUGGUUGAGACACAAAGCAGACAACUCUGUCAACCAGUGUCCCAUCCACGUGGUGCAGCACGGGAAGGUAGUCCGCAAGCAAAGUCGCAAGCUCAGGGUUGGAGAUGUUGUCUUCAUGAAAGAAAAUGAGACGUUUCCCUGCGACCUCAUCCUUCUGUCAACGUCUCGAGAUGACGGGACCUGCUAUGUUACGACAGCCAGUCUGGACGGAGAGAGCAGCCACAAGACAUACUAUGCAGUUCAGGACACCAAAGCCUUCAACACGGAGGAGGAGGUGGACUCCAUCCACGCGACUAUAGAAUGUGAACAACCACAGCCGGACCUGUACAAAUUUGUGGGCCGUAUCAACAUCUACAUGGACAACGAGCCCGUGGCCAGGCCGCUAGGGUCCGAGAACCUGCUGCUACGAGGAGCCACACUCAAGAACACUGAGCACAUCUACGCGGUUGCCAUCUACACUGGCAUGGAAACCAAGAUGGCUCUCAACUACCAGUCCAAGACUCAGAAGCGGUCCGCUGUGGAAAAGUCAAUGAACGCCUACCUGGUGGUCUACCUGUGCAUUCUCAUCAGCAAGGCCAUCAUCAACACGGCGCUGAAAUACGUGUGGCAGGCUGACUCCAACAGAGACGAGCCCUGGUACAACGACAGGACAGACACGGAGAGACAGAGACACAUCGUGAUCCGGGCGUUCACGGACUUCUUGGCCUUCAUGGUUCUUUUCAACUACAUCAUUCCUGUCUCCAUGUACGUCACCGUGGAGAUGCAGAAGUUCCUGGGCUCCUAUUUCAUCAUGUGGGACGAUGAGAUGUUUGACGAGGAGCUGGGAGAGAGAGCCGUGGUCAACACGUCGGACCUGAACGAGGAGCUGGGACAGGUGGAGUACGUGUUUACAGACAAGACAGGGACUCUGACAGAAAACAACAUGGAGUUCAUCGAGUGCUGUGUGGACGGACACGUUUAUGUACCUGAUGUGAUCUGUAACGGACAGGUGAUGCCUGGUGCAACAAGUAUGGACAUGAUCGACACAUCGCCAGGUCCCGGUGCCAGGGAGCACGAGGAGCUGUUUUUCCGGGCGCUGUGUUUGUGCCACACGGUGCAGGUGAAGGAGGAGGAGACGGUGGACGGCAUCAAGCACGGCAUCCACCAGGGCAAGUCCACUUCCUUCUACAUCUCCUCAUCUCCAGACGAGGUGGCGCUGGUGGAGGGCAUGAAGAGGCUCGGUUUCACCUACCUGAGACUAAAGGACAGUCACAUGGAGAUCUUGAACAGGGAGGAUGAGAUUGAGAGGUUUGAGCUGUUGGAGGUUUUGACAUUCGACUCAGUCAGACGGAGGAUGAGCGUCAUUGUCAGAUCCACCACUGGUGAGCGUUAUCUGUUCUGUAAAGGUGCAGACUCCUCCAUCUUCCCCAGGGUUGUAUCAGGCAAGGUGGAGCAGGUCAGAGCUCGAGUGGAGCACAACGCAGUGGAGGGUCUGAGGACACUUUGUGUUGCUUAUCGGCCCCUGAGUCCCGAACAGUACCAGGAGGUUUGCCAUCUGCUGAACGGGGCCAAGUUGGCACUACACGACCGAGACAAACGACUCGCCGAGGCUUACGACGUCAUCGAGAAAGACCUGAUAUUGCUGGGAGCCACUGCUGUGGAGGACAGGCUCCAGGAAAAAGCGGCCGACACCAUUGAGUCUCUCCACAAGGCGGGCAUGAAGGUGUGGGUGCUGACCGGUGAUAAGAUGGAGACGGCGGCUGCAACCUGCUACGCAAGCAAACUGUUUCACCGCAACACCCAGAUCCUGGAGCUGACCACCAAACGCACCGAGGAGCAGAGCCUGCACGACGUCCUGUUUGACCUGAGCAGGACCGUCCUGAGGCAGCAUGGAGGCAUGGCCAGGGACACCUUCUCUGGUCUGUCAGGUGACUGCACUGACUACGGUCUGAUCAUCGAUGGAGCCACCCUCUCUGCGGUGAUGAGACCCUCCCAGGAGGACUCGAACUCAGGCAACUACAAAGAGAUCUUCCUCGAAAUCUGCCGCAACUGCAGCGCCGUGCUCUGCUGCCGGAUGGCGCCGCUCCAGAAAGCACAGAUUGUGAAGCUGAUCAAAGCCUCCGAGGAGCAUCCGAUCACGCUGGCCAUCGGAGACGGAGCUAACGAUGUCAGCAUGAUCCUCGAGGCCCACGUUGGCAUCGGUAUCAUGGGUAAGGAGGGUCGUCAGGCAGUGAGGAACAGUGACUACGCCAUCCCAAAGUUCAAACACCUGAAGAAGAUUCUGCUUGUCCAUGGACACUACUACUACAUACGCAUCUCUGAACUUGUGCAAUACUUCUUCUACAAGAACGUCUGUUUCAUCUUCCCCCAGUUCCUCUACCAGUUCUUCUGUGGCUUCUCACAACAGCCGCUGUACGACACAGCCUACCUGACUCUGUACAACAUCAGCUUCACCUCGCUGCCCAUUCUGCUCUACAGCCUCAUCGAGCAGCACAUCAACAUGGACAUCCUGAAGAAGGACCCGUCCCUCUACAGAGAUAUUGCUAAGAACUCUUUGCUGCGGUGGCGCAUCUUCAUAUAUUGGACUAUCCUGGGUGUGUAUGACGCCAUCGUGAUGUUCUUCGGUGCUUACUUCCUGUUUGACAACACCACCUUCACCAGCAACGGACAGAUGUUUGGAAACUGGACAUUUGGGACGCUGGUCUUCACUGUGCUGGUCUUCACUGUUACAUUCAAGUUGGCUCUGGAUACUCAUUACUGGACUUGGAUCAACCAUUUUGUCAUCUGGGGCUCUCUGAUUUUCUUUGUGGUCUUCUCUCUGCUGUGGGGAGGAAUCAUCUGGCCCUUCCUCAACUACCAGAGGAUGUACUAUGUCUUCAUGCAGAUGUUGUCCAGCGGUCCGGCCUGGUUCAGCAUAAUCCUUCUGAUAACAGCCAGUCUGCUGCCAGAUGUGUUGAAGAAGGUGAUCUGUAGAGCGCUUUGGCCGACCACCACUGAACGCAUACAGAAUGCUGAUAAACUCUACAAGGGCCAUCUGUCCGAGUUCACCCCCCUGGCAUCUCUCCACGCCCCGCCCAAGGCUGGCGGCCACCGGCGAGGCUCGGGCAACCAAAGGAACGCUCCGAACCCUCGAAGGUCUGAACCCUUUAGCAAGAAAAUCAUGUUCACACGCUGGCAAAGAACGCCAGACUACAGCACUUUCACCCCCCUCCUCCGAUUCGCCGAUGGCUCCCGCUUCUCAAAGCAGGGACACGCCUACAGCGGGGCGGGGCCAGAGACCUCAGUCUAAUUCAUUUCUGUCUGUUUUUCCAUUCUUAUAUCCUGAUACAAUAGCCAAGGAGUAAUUUAAUAAAUUACUCCAGAAGCUGACCUGGAACGUAAAGUUACCCUCAAGUAACUGAAACUAAUUUAUUUAUGUGACUGGAGUCAAAUAUCUGACUGUGAUGCUAAUAGCAGGUAUCUGUAAUCCAUCUGUAAGAGAUUACAAUGAAAGUGACCGUCACAAAUGUUCCCAAGUCAGCAGGCCAAGUAUGGCGCAAAGCACUAUGGGACGGCUCUAAAGGACUCCACGCACAGGGCCUCGCUCGCUGCCACACGUUGCAAAGGGCUCAGCGUAUCGAUGUCACAACAAACAGACUCAUUGAUUUGUUAAAUCACUGGAAAUAUGUGCACUGGCCCUUUAAGUCUGCCUGCCUUUGAUAGCUGGCAGCUGAAGUGUACUUUACUCCAAUUUAAAGGAUUUAUAUGACUUUUUUAAAAACAAUUAUGUGAUUGUGCUGCUGCUGCUGCUGCUGCUGCUGCUGAUGAAGCCAGCUCAAGCUGUCUCUGACCAAACAUUUUAUUUUCUUCACUCCUUCUAUCUUUCUUUCUCUCUGUCUGUCUGUUCUGCCUCUUUUCAGGACUAACUGGUGUUGCCUGUGUGCAAACAUAUUGUCCCGAAAUACUCCGUAGGACUCUCUGCGACAUUGUAAGGACGAGUGUAGCGGAGCGGUAAAGCCGAAGUGUUGGAGCAGUGGAUCUGAGUUGGUCUUUUUUUUCAUCAUUAUUCAGAAAAGAAGACUUUAACUGCACAUCCAACACUUCAGCUUUCACCUGUAGGUCGACUAGAGUAGAGUAGAGUAUUUGUGGAACAGAUGUGUGUCUGUGUGCUGGUAGCUAAUAGUUAGUGUGUUAGUGUGUGUUGCAUUCAUCUCUGCAGGAUCCUCUUUGGUCUUUAAAGCACUUUAACUCUAGACCUUCUUAUAUAUAUAGAUAUGUAUCUAUAAUGCGAUAUACAGAGGCUAAUCUACGUUUUUGUAUGGCUUAGAAAUAGAAAUAGUAGAAAUGGCUAUAUGACGGUUUCCCAGCUGGUUCUCAAUGCCUUAAUGUCACCUUGUAAAUAUCACAUUAUCUUCCACAGAGAGCUUUUACCAAAGAAACAGAUAUGUGGACUGUAGUGCGAGGUAAAAAAAAAGUACAGCUCCCUAAAUUCGAUGUUUAAAACAUGGGGUGCAUGUCAGUAGUCGAGCUUUGAGAGCUUUGCAUACUAUUUAACUUUACUUGCGCACCUUUAAAAUGUUGCGAUAAUCAAAACGCAACAAAAGGAUUCUAUCGAGUGCCCCAAACUGCUUGAUGCCUUAAACAAAAAUGCAGUUUUUCUGAGAUUUGCCAUUUAUUGAUGAGAACACUGUAUGAAGCUGGAGACGGCAGCCGCUUAGCUUAGCUUAGCAUGAAGCUAGCUCCACCAGAAGACAUCCGACCUAUCCAUUUAGUAUUUUUGUUAUGAUGGUGUUACAAGGAGGUUAUCUACCUUGAAAAGGGCCUUCGCAGUUCUGUCUCACACUUUCCUGCUUCAACAUUUAUCCUUUUUUUUUUUUCUAGCUGUCUCUCUCUUUCUGUCGUUCUCUCCUUCUCCCUGUGGUGAAGUGAUGCUGAUGUGGAAGUUUUCCUACCUCUGUGAGCGCCGCCUCCACCCAUCUGAUCAUCAUCCUCCUCUCCUGCAUCUUCUGGGCCAUCCAUCCAUGCAUCUAUCAUUGUGAGACAGAAUACAAAUGAUGUUUUCUACUUUUAUUUUAAUAGAAUAAUAUGAACCAAAGCCUUGUUGCUGCUCGAGAUACGUUUAGCUGCUUUACAUUAGGUGCCUUGUGGUAGUUUCUCUGUCUUCGCUUGCAUUAUGGUACAUUUCCGACUGAUGAUAGGCAUUUGGAUCGUACGAAAGCGCCGCAGAUGAUGGAUGUGUGGAUGCAUGUCUGAGAGUAUGGAUACGCGAGUGAAAAGGUGAAUGUAAAAACAGUUUUACGCAGGUCACACUGUCCAAGGAGACUUAUUUGGAACAAACACGUCACUGAAAUGUUAGUGAUACACGAUGAAUGAACUUCCUUACUUCUUGCACCAAACUAUUCAAUGACUUACAUCUAAUAUCUGUUUUUUAUUGUUUUUAUUCCAAAUGUUUUAUAUAUCCGGGAGAGCAUCUGUCUCUGAAAGUUUUUUUUUUAUUGUUUUCUAUUAUGUGUAAAAUUCCCCUUUACCUCAUUAAGAGUGAGUGAAGGUGUCACACUGGAAAGAUAUCAGUCUGAUGUGAUGUUAUCUUUAUUCUUUGUUUAAUGAGAUAGAAAACUUGAAGAGCGUUGUUCGAUCAAUCAACGUUAAAAACUGGGAUUAAAAAAAUAUCUGUAUUUUCCCUUUCAAUUUAGCUUCUCUGACUACUCAAAAUUCUGGUUUUCUAUUUCAAAAUGUAUAUAAAAUUAACGGUAAAGGGGUUCUCAUACUGUUAAAUGAUGUGGUAAACUUGUCUGUGAACUUAAUUUGCAUAAUAAAGGGUCACUUCCACUAGAUUACCAAAACAUAAAAACCUGUUUUUACCUGUAGUGGUGUCUGGCCAUGCAGAUUGGAACUACUUUCUACGUAAGAAAUAGUGUACAGGGAAGUCUGGGCAGAAAAGAAACAAAAUACCUUGCAUGGCUAGAUACCUCAAAUUGAAAUAUUGCCUUGCAUGUAAAUGACCCAUUGCGACACACGUGGCCUCAGAGCUCUCGCCAUGUGGUAGUAAAUAGUCUUGCAUUCAGAAGUCAUGUAUAAAUCCCUCCAUCACAAUCGAAAAUCAGAUAUUAGAAAUGAAAGUUUCUCUUGCACAAUCCACCAAAUCCUUUAUUAUGGGGUACAACAAAAUCAGUUCAUUCUGAUUUGAGUAAAUAAAUAACUUUAUUCUUACUUCUCUGUGUGAGGUAAUCUGCCCAAGAGAUAGUCAGGUACUUCCUGUAUCUGUCGUUGGAGAGUCGUUGGAAAACUGUGGAAUCCACAUAAAAUAUUGAAUGAAUUACAAAGAAAUCCCCUCAGUUACUGUAGUGCUUUUUAACUGUGUUAAAGAUGGUACCUUUUUUUUUUUUUUUUUUUUUUACGUUCUGGAGACAAUAUUUGAUGUGUGUCUUAUUUAUGCAGAAGAGUAUUUGAACAACCAAACUGAGUUGUGACAAAACAACACUGGACAUGUAUGUAUGUAUGUAUGUAUGUAUGUAUGUAUGUAUGUAUGUAUGUAUAGCUUCAUGCUUCAAAGCAAAAAGAAGAGAUGUCUGUGGCAAUGCACUGAACCGUCUUGUCUGAUGAUUGACACUUUGCUGUAGAUGUUUCAAAGCCAUUAUUGGUGGAUUUAAAGUCUUACUGUACCAAUCGCUCUAGUCCUAACUCUUUCAACUACACCUAAACUGACAGCCUUCCAACAGAAUGUUAACUUUCUCUUUUACAAUGUAUUAUUAGUGUUAUAUUUCUCAUAACCAACCGUAUCUAUAAAUCACUGAACACUCAAAUACAGUGUGUG